CGAGGGUUUUACUGAGAAUUUGGCUGUCUUCCCAACUGCCAAAUUCACAGCCUUAAUCCAUGGCGAGACGCCAUUAAUGCCCAAACGAUGCUCCUCCUCCAUGCUCCUUCGAUCUCUCUCCUCUCGCCUCUUCUCCACCACCACCACCUCCUCCUCCUCCUCCUUCCUCUCAAUCCUCCGAGAAAACCAUUCAAACCCUAAUCUUGAGCUCGCCCUCUCUCAAUCCCCACUCCCUCUCUCCCCCUCCACCAUCCAAUCCGUCCUCGACUCCAUCCCUUCGCUUCCCAUCCCAGCCCUCCGCUUCUUCAUCUGGGCCGGCCUUCACCGUUCCCACCGCCACUCCGCCUUCGCCUACGCCGCCGCCUCGCACUCCCUCCGCCUCCGCAUCCACCCCGAAGCUCUCGUCCUCCUCCUCGACUCCUAUCGUCGGAACUCCGUCCCUGUCUCUCUCCGAACCUUCAAGAUCAUCCUCAACCUCUGCUUCCAUUCCAACCUCAUCAGCCCCGCACUCUCCCUCUUCAACCAAAUGCCCUCCUUCGGCUGCCACCCAGACACCCCAUUCUUCAACACCGUGCUCCGUCUUCUCGCCCACAACCUCGAGACCCAUCACGCGAGCCUCGCUCUUAAGCUGUUUGAUGAAAUGCUUGCUUCGGGGCUUCGCCCCGAUAUCGUCACUUACGUUCUGGUAAUCAAAGCGCUCUGCGCAGCCAACCAGGUCAGUGAAGCCUGCGGCAUUCUCAGCCAAAUGCGAGCAAACGGGUGCUCACCGAACAAGGUCGUGCUUUCCGCGUUGUUCGACGGGGCUUGCGCCGUUGGCGAGUUUGAUAAAGCAAUGGAAAUUCUAAGCGAGAUGGAGCAUGCUGGUGACCCUGCUUGCUUGCCAAACGUUGUGACCUACACCUGUUUGAUGAAAUGGCUCUGUGAAAACAGCAAACUAGAAGACGCAUUGGGGGUCUUAGACCGAAUGAAAAGCAACAAUUGCCGGCCAAAUAGAGUCACAGUGAGAACUCUCCUCGCCGGGUUUUGCAGCCAUGGCCGAGUGGGUAAUGCCUAUGAAUUGAUCGACAGAAUGGUUGGAGAAGGGAGUAUUUCCAGUGAGCAAUGUCAUAGUUUGCUAAUCAUGUGUUUGUUGAGCAUUGACGAUUGCAAUGCGGCCGAGAGAAUUAUGAGAACGAUGCUUGAGAAGGGCCUCAGGCCGGAUGCUCCGGCGAGCAAUUCGUUAGUAAGGGAGCUGUGCUCGAAGAGUAGGUUUGUCGAGGCGAACCAGUUGUUCAGUGAAUUGGAGGUGAAUGGAGUGUUGUGCUUUAGUUCAGAUGUAUACUGUAAGAUUUUAGUUGGUCUUUGCAAGCAUGGUUACAAAGAUGAAGCAUUGGUGAUGGUUAGGAGAGUAGUUGAGAAUGGAGUUCAGGUUGAUGUUGCUUGUGCUAAUGCUGUUGUUGAGUUGUUGAGAAGCAUUGGUGAAGAUCAUUUGGCAUCAGAAGUAGUGAAUCUAACUGAAGUUUCUCCAAAAUUGAAGGGAGAUUUGGAUGUGCAAGAACAUCAUCUUCAUGUUUGAUUCUUGUUUGUGCUAAUAGACAUGGUUCACUCUUAAUUAUUAUGGACUCCAUCAAAAUCAAUGGAGAAAGAGAAUCAUCGUCGUCAUGUUCAAGAAUGUGAAGGAGUGUGCACUUGUUGUUUUGUUUAUGACGUCAAAUUUAUGGGCACAUUGGUUUGCCCUGAGGAUUUUGUGCCAUAAAAUUAUUAGACAUUGGAUGAGGAUUGAGAAUAAAGUGUGAAAUUUAAUCUAUAUGAAUA